UAUCAUAAGGAUGGCUCUAGAACGUCAAGUGCGCGCUAAGAUUGCGGCAAAACGCAACCCCGAGCAGGAGAGGGAGGCACAGGAAUGGAUCGAGUCGGUUCUUGGCAAGAAGUUUCCUGCUGGUGAGGCCUUCGAAGACGUGCUCAAGGACGGCCAGGUCCUGUGUCAUGUCAUGAACAAACUCGCUCCUGGAUCCAUACCAAAGAUCAACACUUCUGGCGGACAGUUCAAGAUGAUGGAAAAUAUUAAUACGUUUCAAAAGGCGCUAAAGGACUACGGAGUGGACGACGUCGAUGUUUUUCAGACCGUAGACUUAUGGGAGAAAAAAGAUAUAGCACAAGUAAUAACGACAUUGUUCGCGCUCGGCCGAACGACGUACAAGCAUCCUGAAUGGCCAGGACCUUGGCUAGGACCUAAGCCGGCAGAAGAGUGCAAGCGCGACUUUACGGAGGAACAAUUGAAAGCUGGCCAGACGAUGAUCGGUCUUCAAGCCGGUUCCAACAAGGGUGCGACCCAGGCUGGUCAAAGCAUCGGCGCCACUCGCAAAAUUCUUCUUGGAAAGUAAAUUAAAAAUUUGACGUACAGCUGCUUGCGAAUCCUUUCUUCCAAUCGUUAGAGCUAAAACAUACGUAACUUUUUUGUAUGUACACAUAAAUACAUAUAUGUAUAUUUUAUUUUACUUUUGUAAUUAAACGAUAACCGGCUGCUAUUUAUUUCCCUUCAUUUUACUUCUUAAUGAUAGCCAGUGUAUCUUAUAGCUUUUAAUCUUAUUAUAGUUAAUCAAAAGAUACAUUUCUGUCAUCAAUCGAGUCAGCGAGAAUGCUCGAUAAAUUGAUUUUUAUGAUUAAAGUAGAUAUCGUUGUUUAA